AUCUAAGUAACUGCGGCCAUGGAAGAAGAAGAAGAUAGUCGUCCUCAACUUCAAGUUUCUCAUUUUUUGACUUUACCAAACGAAAUUCAAGAGUAUAUAUUUUCAAGCAGAUGUCUUGACGUUAAAGAUUUAUAUCGUAUCGUUUGCACUUGCAAGAGGUUCCGAACUGUGUGCGACAGUGGGGAUCUUGUAUGGCGGUUAAAGUUGCAGCAAAGGUGGCCUGGUCUCAUCAGUCAAUUAAAAACGAGCCAAGUGAGCUGCUGGAAGCGUGAAUAUCGACAAUUCUUGGAGAAAGUGAGAUGCGUCCAUAAGGCUGUCAGCAGUCUUUCAAGAAAGUUCUACAAGAAGGAAGAAGUGUCCAAUUAUGGGCUGAAGCCAUUUCUGGAUUGUGCAUCAGACAAUGUCAACAGCGUAGAACUAGUCGUGCACGAGCUAAGAAGAAUCCUAAACACUGGUAAAACGGAAUGCAAUCUGACGGAGAAGUAUUAUUCGAACAAAGCACUGAGUUAUAUUCGGCAUAUUCAGCUUACAACGUCAUGGCAACGGUUUCUAGAACAGCCACAUGAUAAACUCAACCUUCUCACAGGUGCAGUACUGAUAGCGGAGUGGUGUCAGCCGUGCGUUGCUGGCAUGGAGGAAGAUGUGCAAGUGCAGAUAGAGAAGCUGGCUGCAGACGUGAGAACACUGCUGAGCAUCCGCUGCCCCGCUCAUCCGGUCACCUGUGUGGCGAACCCUGCUGGCGAUUCAUGCCUCUCAGGUCAGAGUGGGUUAACUCCCCAGCAAUGCAGACAUGUUCUGGAGGCAGUCAACAUUGUUCUGUUUGAGCGGCAGGGUUAUUCGGGUAAUGUUGGUAACUACUACGACGAGCGCAACUCCUACAUAAACGUGGUGUUACAGCAGAAGACAGGAAUACCUAUUACAUUGUGUGUGCUGUACUGGGGUGUUGCUCACAUCCUAGGAGUAUACCUGGAACCUGUUAACUUCCCUACGCAUUUCCUGCUAAGGUGGAAGGAACAUCCAAGGCUGACAGGUGGUGCGGAGUACACAUACAUCGAUGCCUUCCGACAGGGAAAAUUCAUGCCCCAGCGAGAGUGCGGUUUGCUGCUGAGCAUGCACCAUGGGGUACUGGGUGACGAUGGAUACGAGACAGUGGCAAACAUAGAGGUGUUUCGCAGGAUGCUGAGGAACCUCGUUAACAUCGGACGACAGCAGACGAACGCCGGCGACAGCCUGCAGUGCCUGCGCAACGCGCUCGAACUCAGCCGCAUCCUCAGCCCCGACGAUAUCGACCUCCGCCUGCUGCUGGCCAGACUCUACUCGCACCUCGAUAUCAACCACCAGGAGGUCAUUGAUGAGGUGAACGAGAUUAUGCGUCUGCAGGUGAACGUCAACAUGAUUGGAAACAUGAUUUCAGCAGCGGCCCAUCGAGCUUUGGCCGAGGAGGAUAGAGACGUGCCUGAACCUAUCAGUCCCAAGCUGCGCAGCGAGAAUCCCACGGUUGAGUUUGCUGUCGGCAUGGUGAUGCAACAUAAACGCUAUGAGUACAAGUGUGUGAUAUAUGGCUGGGACUCUACGUGCAAGGCUGGUGAGCAGUGGAUAUAUCAGAUGAGUGUGCACCUGCUGAAGGAUAAAGAUAGACAGCCGUUCUACAACGUGCUGGUGGAGGAUGGAUCCAGUCGAUAUGCAGCACAAGAGAAUCUCGGCCAGGCGCCGCGGGAGGAGCUAGGCAUGAUCACGCACGCAGAGGUCGGCCGCCAUUUCUCGGAGUUCACCGGCGUCUGCUAUGCACCAAACGCCGAGAAGAUGGAAGAGUAUCCGGAAGACUUCGAAUUAACAAAGCAGACUCUCGCGGCCACGUUGCCAUAGCGAUAGGAUUGACACCUUACGCCACAGGUUACCGUAAUAAAAGGAUGUCGUAGCCACAUGACAUUAUAUCAGUGGAGGAGAUUGAAUGGCUGGUACCUUGAGGUAGUAGUCUUAAUAACUUGGUUUUUCUUAUUGAAAAUGGCGUUUUUAGCACUUGUUACGCCAUUUGACUGGUUUUCUAAUAAUCAUAUCUUUACAAAAUAUCUUACAUUAAGGAAGUUAAUAAUGCCUUUUGUAAAACGGGAUGUUCAACAGCCAGUUUGUCAAUUUUAGCACAAGGACUGUUAAUUACCUCCGCCCAACGGAGUUAGAGGUGUGUGUAUAUACAUAGUUUUGGUUCGAUAGGAUGAUAAACAGCAUUCAUAUCAAGAUUACAGCUCAAGUCUCUAGUGGUACACACGAGUGCAGUUUAUUAUGAUAUAGCGCUGGAAAUCGAUAAAAGAUUAAUUCAAUCUUUCAAUUACUAUUCAUAUCUUUAACUCAUUAUUUUGAGAUCAUUUUAUACAUUUCAAAAUAAAAUUUCUACAAAUCAUUAGCUAUAUUUUAUAAUAUAUAUUAAAUUGUAGAGAAUUGUGAAUCCUAUAACAACUACGUACGUUAGCAGUAUUUUUUAUUAACGUGCAUAGGCCAUAAGCAAAGAUGCCUAUUCUUUAGUAAGUGGGCAUGUGUAGAUGCGUGUUUAAUAUCUAGGGGUUAACAAUAUAAUUUAUUUGAUAGUA